GGUUUUUCUCGUUAGUGUCACCCGACGUGUCUCUGUUUCAUUUUUUACGGAAUGCUCGGGGAUGAAGACUUGGCUUCGUUUUUCGCCCGAGGAGAUCCCGACCGUCAGGCGGUCGUUCGUGGGGUAAAAAAUGGAACGGAAGUUCGUUUAAGGACCUGGGAAAAAGACGUAAUAGUAUCGUCCCUGGAAGAAUGCCUCGAACAAAUGGCAGCGAUCCUUCAAAGGAACAAUUUGAAGAAAACUGGUACUAAUUUGAACUUCGUGCCGACCGACGUGAGGUAUUUGGAUCUGAUCAAGUCACGUUUACUCUACACCAGCGAGGAGCGAGCCAUAAAGGAUAUGGAGACGGAAGCUGUUUUUCAAAAGCUCACAAGCGACAGUACAAAGCUGGUAAACAUCGUGGAGAAUACAGUCCAGGAGUUGCGGUCAAGCGGAUCGUUCCAAGUCCUGACAACGAUCCCGAAAAGUUUUACCGACGCACAAACAGAGGAAUAUUCGAUCCUCACCAAAGCGGAGAAAAACAACGAGGAGGUGAAACGGCUGCGAGAGCUAAUCGCUCAAGAUAGAAUAGCCAACGAAUCGGAGAGGAGGAAACGUGUCGAAAAAUUGUCGACGGUUUUGAGAGAAAUGGAGGCACAACAGGCAAAGGGCAGAGCGUCGAUCGCGUACGUUUCUGCUUGGGAGAAAGCCAGAUGCGAACAGAACAUAGCGCGCUGUCGGUUCGCGGAGAAAGACUUACGCCGAACUCUGGAGAAGCUCGAGAUAGACGAGAAAAAUGAAAAUCGUAUCACCGGAGACAUCGAAGCUUUCUUGUGCGACAACAUCGCGGAAAAUGAGGAGCUGACAAUCGGCUGGGAGAAAAGACACGAUCGAGAAUGGACCGAGUAUACGAACGAGAUCGGGAGGCUGGAGAAGAAGAUAAAGUUGGAGAAGACAGCGUUGGAGCUACUGAAGGAAGAGCAACGAGAGAAACGGAGUUUCAUCGACACGUACUUGGCGGAGAAAGAAGCUGAUCGCAGGAAGAAAGAGCUCGAGGAACACGUGCGAAAAAGUACGAUUAAAAUUCAAGCCUGGUGGCGGGGUGUUAUGGUGCGCCAAAAGUUCGGCCCGUACAGACCCGAAGAAAAGAAGAAGAAACGCCCGGCUAAGAGCAAGAAAUGAAGUCGCAGCUUUCGAAGAUAAAAAAAUUUUUAAAAUGGUAUAAAGUUCGUAACCAUCGACCAUGCGAAAAGCAAACGAUACAUGUACAACCUCCCGGUUAAAAAAAUAAAAAAAUUACCCGACGAGGUAGUUACCUCCAAAUUGCCUCGGGGCUUUAAAUUCGCGUUCACUCGGUUGCGAAAUAUUCAGCAGCUUCGCAGAUUCGUUCCUAUAAUUGUAUAAAUAUCCAUAUCGGGUAAUGCAUAGAGUGAAAACGAUUUUAUCGACAAGAAUCGCGCGUCUCGAUGAGGCUUUUCAGUUUUCAUCUCGCACAAACGAACCUUCAACGAUCCCGUUCGCGGGUACAAUUGACACAUGUUACAUCUGCGUGUGUACUUCGUCAAUCGGAGAACUCGAGGGUAUAUCGAUUUUCAAUAUACGCGUAGAAACAGUCCGGCGCUUGUACACUUUUUAAAAUAUAACACCGUCAAAUUUUUAA